UCAGGUGGAUUGACUGAGUGAAUGUUCAUUGGAUGCGCGACUCAAACGCGUCGAAUCUGUUGUCUAUGGCAGGCAGCUGCACACUACCCUUACCCCUCCACCCCUGCCUUAUACUACCUAUGCCUACAUGGUCGUCAAUUUGUUGGCAAUGCCCCUCACACGCGCCAUGGCCUCUGGCAGGUCGUCCUUGGCCGCCAGCAGGGAGCUGUGGUCCUUGUCGCUCAGAUACUCCAGCAGCCGACACACCUGCACCAAACACACACCCACGCACCCAUGGACACACACAUCCCUCUCUCUGUCUCUCUGCGCACCUCUUUGCGUGUGUGUGCGUCGGUCGUCACGUCGAUGAUGCCGCUGCCCUCCCCGCCGCUGCCAUCGACAGCCCGCUCCACCAUGCUGAGCACCGCCCCAUGGGCGAUCCGUGCGUCGUCGUCGUCAUCCGUCAGCGGCAGCCACUCGGCCACCAGCCGCGCCAUGGCAGGCCGCACUGUGUCGACGGUCAGCUGCUGCGUGAAGGCCACAUACAGCUUGAUCAGGGCGCAACACGCGCAGUCCGCCGCCUGUAUGCCGUCAACACACACACGGAGGGCUGGUGUGGGGGUGUGACUCGGGCGUACCAGUCGUCUCUCGGGUGUCUUGCUGUGAGGGUGGGCCAGGAUUGCCUCCAGCUGAGAGAGAGAGAGAGAGAGAGUGGCGUGAUGUCCCUUUCUGUGUGUGUCACUCUGGACGCUUUACCUACCUUCUGGAUGGCUUCGGGCAGCCGCGGCUGCAGCACCUGGGGAGCCCGAUUGCCCAACACACCUGCAAGCACACAGACACACAAAAGACACAGAUACCUCUUCUCGGCAUAUUGCUCUCCUGGCUGUCAUACGCACCGAUGGCAAACGCACUGGCCUGCACACGCAGGACGUCCUCGUCAUACGGCUCGUCAUCCGCUGCUCUCUGGGCGUCGGUGAUGGCGUCACACACGACGGUGCCCAUCACCACACCCAUGAAGUCGGCCGCAUACUGCUGUGUGUCCGGGCCGCCCAGGUCAAUGGCGUCCGCAAAGAUGCAGAUGGCAGCCACCUAAACACCACACACACACACACACAUAGAUACCACACACGGGUCGCACGAGUCGGGAGCGGGGGUGACCUGUGCGAGGCUGUUGGUCUCGUUGUGGGGGUCGGCCGGGAGGAUGGGCGAGGUGAGGAAUGGCGAGUAGACAGGCUGCAGGUGGGCGUGGAACAGAGGGGCCACUGAGGGACCGAACACCUGAUGACACAUGACACAGGACACUUACACAUUCGUCUCUCUGUCUGUCUGUCUGUCUGUGUGUGUGGUUGUCUGUCUGUGUGUCACUGACGGACUUUGAAUGUGGCGCCCGAGAUCUGCAUGACGGUGUUGAUGAUAUCCCGCUCGGGCUCCUCCUCUUCAUCUUCGUCGACGUCCUGCAUCCAUCACACACACAUACACAUGUGGAUGCAUCAAGCGGCCGAUCUCCACCCAUCCACACUGGCGCUUACCUCCCACUCGUCACUGCCAGUGCCGUGUGAGGCCUUCUUGCUGCUUCCGCCCUCACUGCUGCGCAACCGAGCCAGCACCCUGCACACACACACACACACACAGAGGAGAGAGAGAUUCAGAAGGAGUCAGGCACAGACACCUACCCACAGACACACAGACGUCGUACCUCUGCAUAAGCUGCGCCAACGCGCCAUACAGCUGCUCGACAAACGCCCUCAACUCGGGCGCGUCAAGCACACCACCACCAUUCACACCCGUUGUCCUCCGCACCCGGCGUUGCAGCCGAUGCAGCUGCCCCAUGCAGCCGUUGACACUCUUGCAGACGUACUCGGACACCUGCACACAAAGCACACCCAACACACACGUCUGGUGUGUAUGUGUUGGGUGUGGUCUGGUUUGGGGUGAGGGAGGGGAGGGGUGCAUACUUGUUGGAGAGGGAGGUUGACGAUAGCCUUGAUGGUCGCUGCGCCGGUGAGGGCUGGCCAGAGGGUGAGGAACGACGAUGGCUCGUCCAGCAGGGUGCUCAGAAAGGCCGGCACACACUGUAGACACACACACACACACACGCACAGAUGAGUGUCUGUGCAGCUCUCCCUCUGUUUGUGUGUGCGUGUGUGUGUGCAGACCUCAUAGGCAGCUGCUCGCACUUGUGAGAAUUCGCUCUCCAGGUCGCCAGCUACAGUUUGGGCGAGCUCCUUAGCCACGCCGCUGACCUGCACACACAGACACGCCCACAGCCAACACCCGUGUGUGUUGGAUGGAGGGAGGGAGGGGACGGGGAGAGGGUUGCCUUGGUUUCCAUGGCUUCGGCGAUGGUCUUGAUGAGUGCCAAGGCGGUCUGCUUCUCCUCUACCUCAGUCUUGACACACACACGACAGACACCCAUGUGUGAGUGUGUGUGAAUGGCCUUCUCGCCCUCCCGUCUGCUUAUCUCAUGACAUGACAUACGGUGCUAAAGGAGACGGUUUGGAAGACCCCGCCCUCUCCCGGAAUGCGCAGCUGCGUCCGGCCCUGGCUCUCAGUCACCUCCACACCCAACCGCCCACCACCGUCACCACCUGAGGUGUCUUCGUCCGCCUCACCUAUCAACAUCUGCACACACAGACAGACACACACACACAUGGAUGGAUGGAUGGAUGGAUCUCUCUCUCUGUGUGGUGGCUGUGGCUGGGGAGGGGGGGAUGGGCGUGUGGUGGUUGGUUGCCUUUGGCUGCAUCUUUGCGGCGGCCAUGAUGGAGGGCAUGAUUGCGGGGAGGUAGGGCUCGAAGGCCUCGCCCAAAGACUCGGCAAUGUUGCCAAACGCCUGAUGGAUGAGGAUGACCCAUUCAACGAUGCCCCAAGGUGCGUCUGUGUGUGUGUUUGUGUGUUUGUGUGAGUGUGUGUGUACCAACAGCACAGAGGGUCCGAAGUUGUGUGUCCGAUUGGGGUCGUUUGCCGUGUGCAGACUGUACAAGGCCUCCAUCAACACGGGGGCGUCCUGCACACACACACACACAAACCAACCACACACACGCGCGUCUGGCUGUGUGUGUGUGGGUGUGUGUCUGUGUGUAUAUACGCACCUGUGAGAAUUGCUCCGGCCCUGCCGCUACGGCGAGGUGGCCCGCCAGCUCGAUGGCCGUCUCGCAUAGAAUACGCUUCCCGUGCACACCCGACUGAUGGAUGGCACACACACACACGACACACACACACACACACACACAGAGAGAGAGAGAGGGAGAGAGAGAGAGAGUAGAAAAGAGGGCUCUUCACGCACUGACGCACGGACCUGGUUGAGUAUCUGUUUGGCGGCCGUCAUGAAGGAGGGGUAGUAGGGGGCGAAGUCAUCCUCGACCAACUACACAAACACAUACACACACUCACAUAGACAGACAGAAGGUAUACCAGGGACUGAUUGCGGCUGGUACCAUAAAACAUGUACCUGCGCAAUGGUUGCUGCGAGAGCCAGGCCGGCCUCCUUCAACACACACACGACACACACACACACACACAAAUGUUGUGUGUGGCCGUCUGUCUAUCGGCCCUGUGUGCGCGACUGCCCACCUGCACUUGCACAGUGCCCUUCGCGAGGAUGGGGAUCAGCGCUAUAUCGCACACACACACACACACGCACAUACACACACACACAGGGGGGGGCUCGAUCCAUCCAUAUGUGUGUGUGUGUGUAUACGUGUAUGUGGCUACCUUGGUUGACGAUUGCGUCCAGGUGCGGCACCACAUUGGGCGCAUCGUCGUCCUCAUCCAGACCGAUCAACAUCAUCGACAGCCCGGUGAGCGCGCGGCACUGAUGCCAUGACACAUCCACACACACGCACACACACGGGGAUUUGUGUGUGGGGUGGGUGAGUGUGGCCACCGUGCCGACCUUGCAGCGGUCCUCAGGGUCUUCCUGCGCCUGUGUCAGCAGCGUCUUGAGCAGCAACUCUAACCGAGCUCGCUAUAACGAAUCAAGACCGACACAACACACAACACACACAACACGCACAUCGACCGCCUCUUGGUGCGUGCGCUGUGCCCAUCUGUGUGUGUUGAUGUGAGUGAGAAGGAGAGAAGGACCUGGUAGCUGGGACCAUAGUUCUCGAUCUCUGUCCCCAGCAGCCCCAGAGCGGCCCACCUCACUCGGCAGUGGGGGUGCCGCAGCAUCGCAUACACAUACUGAUCCACCUGCACCCAGCAGCCGACACGAGCGCGCCAUGCUGACAUGAGUGCAUCUGGUGUUUGUUUCUGUGUGUGCCGACCGUCUUGAGAUGUGGCUUGAUGACCUUGCUCCCCGCCUGGCUGUUGACCACACAGUCGAGCGCCUGCAUGGCGGCAUACGGCGGCUCCCAGGGAUGUGUGGCGAGCCCUUGACCGCUGGGACAGCUCCGGAGGAUCUCACUGGCCGUCUUGAGGACACACUCUGACACCAAUGUCGCACCUGAAUGGGCCGAAACACACACACGUGGGCAUGUGUGUGUGUGUGUGUGUGUGGUGUGAGGUGUGUGAGGUGUGUUGACCAGGCCCGGUGAGUGUUCUGGUGAGUGCGUCGGCGGCCACACUGCCGAUGGAGUCGUAGGGCUCUGUUUCAUCCUCCUACACACACACACACACACACACAGGCUGGUGCAGUGACCCACCAUGCGACAACACACCGACCCGUCUGAGUGCCCAUGGCUCGUGCUCGCCGCCAUGCUCGUCAUCAGCCGUCACUUCCCCACACAAGGCGAGAAGACAGCUCACUGCCGACGACACCACAGCACCGUUCUGAUGACAUUAGACCACACACACACACGAACACGAGCACAGAUGUCUUGGGGGCGUUCGUUGUGCACAGCCGGACGGACCUUUUUGAUCCACUUGGAUGAGGCCUGGCUGAGCAGCGCCACCAUGAUUUCCAUCGCACCGCUGCGCACAUCUGACACACACACACACACACACACAGGGGGGCUCCAUCCAUCCAUAUGUGUGCCCUUUGAAGACCAUUACACACAUAGCUACCGUGUGUGUGCUGCUUGUUGGGGAGUAUCUGCAGCAGCGCCUUGACGGCCUCAUCCGCACUCGCACCGAAGAACAUGCUGUCGCUCUCACACAUGUCAGCUGACACAUGUAGUCAACACAGAGAGAGAGAGUGGGCAAUGGGAGGGAGAUCCCCAUCCCCCACUCACUCACCGAUGAGCUGCAUCAUCAUCGGCGCGUCAGGGUGUGACAAUUGCUGCAGUGUGGACGCCAGCAGCGGCUGGCUCAGGGACCGCAGGGCACUCUCAGUGGCAAAACGGUCCUGCUGCGAGUGCUUCUCGGCAUCAAGCCUGACAGCAUACCCACACACACACACACACCACACACACAGACUGGUGGAUGGAAGCAGCCGUGCGCUCGCCCGACCAGACCACUUUCUUCCUCACCCCAUGUGCAGCAUUCGUGUGCAGGACGCGAUUGCGUGAAAUGCGGCGAGGCGGACCUUGCCGUGUUGAGCGUCGCCGUCCUGCAGCGCGCGCUGGAAGGUCGCGGCCAGGCCGGCGUGGUGCGGGAGCAGCGCAGAGAAACCUGAAGGGUAUAGAUAUCGAUGCACGGGCACACAGUGCACCAAUGUAGCCCAUCCAGUCUCUCUCUCUCUCUCUCUCUGUGUGUGUGUGUGUGUGUGUUUGUGACCUUGUUUGAAGUCGGCCAUCCUCUGUAUGAGUGUGAGUGCCGCCUGCAACUCCGCCGCCGACGAUGAGCUCGACCAUUGAGACAAAAGCGCCAUCAAGUCGGGCCAGGUGCCUGAUCCAUCCAUCCAUCCAUACACAGAUGACAUGCCACAGACAGACCAGCCAGCCAUAAGAUGCCGUGUGUGUAUGUGAUGUGGUGUCGGUGGUUGGGUACCAUGUGUGUUGAAGAGCGUCGCGGCGACCUGCGCAGUGGCAUCGGCGAGCUUGCGCUUGACGUAGGGGUCGGUCUCCUCCCUCAGUCGGGCCAGCAGCGACGCGCACACUGAUGACGCCUCCUGAGCACCUGCACACACACAUGGCAACAGGUGAUCGGUGGAUGGAUGGAUGGAUGGAUGGUUAUUGCUACCGGCCCGUGUGAAGAAGUCGGGCGUCUUGCGCACAAUCUGACGCAGCAACACGGCAGCAAGCGCCUUGAUCUGCGCGCCGAGGGAGAAUGGCGACCACAUAUGAGUGUUUUGACAAGUACGUGUCUGUGUGUAUGCGUGUGUGUGCUUACCGCUGUGUAUUGUGGAUCACUUGCUGCUCCUGCAUGUGCAUGUGUGUUGAGAGGUCCCUCGAGCAGCUGCACGGCGAUGGUGACGGGCUGCGCUGCGCUCUGCGAUUCGAACCAUCGCAGCGCCGCCGUGCGGCACGUUUCAUCGGUGGAGAGGUAGCCCUUGAGGGCCUGAUAGAUAAGCAUGAUAAGCAUGGCACACAGACAGACAGACGCAGGGAGAGAUGGAUGAAUGGCGGUGGAUGAAGGAUGAGAUCUCUUCAUGGCUGACCGUGCUGAUGUCCAUUCCCACUGCACUCAUCGGAUGAGGCAUCCUCUGUGGGAUAAGUGAGGGCUG